CAUCCCAAUCAAAUAUCUAUUUUGAAGGGUCCUUCAAUCAGCUGUACUAAGUGAAUAUGGAUUCAAGAGUCAGUAGAUGGUGAUCACAUCACAAAAGUAUAUUUUAUGUGUGGCGUUUUUGUAUUACAUGCUGGACUCUUGUUCACACUUACCCUAACUACUGUCAAGCUUUCUGGUUUCUGUAAUAUAAGAACAAAGUAGCUUGACUACUGCCACGAACAGAGAAACAUUUCCUCCAAUGUAGUUGCCAUAUGUAUUGCCCAAUACCGUGAUACUGCGAACCUGUCUCUUCACAUUCUCUUAACUUACUUUCGAGGCUAGACAGUAACCGCUAACUCUGCUCAUAAUUUUCAUCCUUAAUUGUGAAUUGAAAUUUUUCCAACUAUCCAACAGGAUAUUUGAAAAAAAGUUUUUUUGUUUUUUUGUUUUUUUCCCUGAGAAAAUGAGGAUUUUCAUAGCCUUUGAGGGCUCUUUUGAACCAUUCGAAGUUUCAACAGAUGAAACCGUAGAGGCUGUCAAGCUGAUGAUAAAGGAUUAUUUCCACAUUCCUCUCUCUGAAGAUGAACAAGGGAGGCGGUAUCUGGAGCUGACGUAUGCUGGAGCAGCCCUAGAGGACAGCUGGAAUCUCGCUGAUGUUGGAAUAUCCUUUUGUUCAACUCUCAAAUGCUUUGUUAAGGAAGAAGAUAAGCCUACUCUUUAUGUGUUCAAUGCAGUGACCCAAGAGAUGAUGCCAAUAAUGGAGAGCACUUCCCUUCUUGGUAAAAAAGUGUCUCAGCUGAGAACACUGGUAGCUCUGAGAUGUGGCUUCCCUGUGAGUGUCUUCUGUCUCCGGACUCCAAGGGGACUGGAGAUGUACGACUGCAAUACCCUCAGGGACUACCAGACUGACAUCGGCACAACACUUCGCUUGGACGUCUGGGAUGGAUGGAAGGAAUUUCUGAUGGGUUGUCUCCUUGGACAAAAACUAAAAGUCCAGCGCUAUUUAUCAAAUGAAAGACCAGUACUUAAGUAUCAGAAAAGGGUGGCCCUGUACAUUGCCGCCUUUUAUGGCUACAUUGAGCUCACCGAAUGGGCCCUGAAGCAGGGUGUGCGGCCCAAUGAGGCAGUCGGUGUUCACCCCUAUCGAGCAUGGUGCCACGAAGCCCUUCAUGCAGAUAUCUCUAAAUGUCCCAUUCAUGCAGCUGCAGAAGCAGGCCAGCUGUUGAUUCUGAAGGCCUUUGUCAACUACAGCGUGCUGUGCCUGGAAUGCAAAAAUGCUGCAGGACAAAUUCCCCUGACCAUUGCGGUCAAACACAAGCAUAAAGACUGCGUAUUAUAUUUACAGAGUAAAAUGUGGUCCACAGUUUCUUUUCUGAAAAUUUCAGUCCCCAUGAGGAUCUAUGUUAAAAUAAAACAAUGGAUUCUCAGAGCUCAGAGUCACAACCUUUAUAAAAGCCAGCUUUGCAGAGCAAGGAUCUUUGGGGCAAGAGUUGGAGACAUUGUGAUGGUGGAUGGUUUCACCAAACCAAAAAUGACCUCCAAGAACUGGCAUCAGGAUGGGAACAAGAACUCACAAGGCACUCUUGGAAAGCUACUGCCUCUCAAGGAACAUACUGCAAGCAGGAAACCUGUCAAUCCUUUGGCAAUUUCACAGCAAGACAAAAGAGAACAAAUCUUCAAAUUUCCUCCGCUGGUAGAUGCAAAUACAUUCUCAGAAUUACAAAGACAUCAACAACAAAAUCGGCAAAAAAUUAUUGCCACAGCUAAGAAAAAAGAAAAGCUUGUAAAAAACACAUAUCUUCCCCAAGUCCCCCUCCCUCCAGUUUCAAGAGUGGGCUAUUCACACCCAUCUUUUUACUAUGCAACACCCAGUGCUGACUUUUUACUCAGAUCCUCCUUCGCAUCUUUCUCUGAGCACAAUGGGAAAACUCCAAGGGAAAAUGCCAUCUACUGCUUAGCUGUGGCCAGUGCUUUUAAAGAGAAACGAUGGCUUCAGCGGUUAGAAAUAGCAAGAAUCCUAGCCAAAAAGAGUAUUUCUAACUUGACUACCCAAGAAGGUCUGACAGUGUGUGAAAAUCCUCUGGAAACUGUGCUUUAAAAAGUCAUGACGAUCCCUGUUUGGGUGAAGACCUGGUCAAACAGA